UGUUACAAAAUUAGGCUUUUGAGGAAAUUAAAAAUUAGCCAACAUGCCGAAGAAAAAGACCGGCCAGAGAAAGAAGGCUGAAAAACAAAAGGAAAGACAGAGGGAUAUAAGAAAAUCACACAAUGAGCGUCCAAUAGUUGAACGGCCUUGCAACUUUUUAAUGGAAUGUGAGCAGUGUGGGAAAUCACAGAAGAAUCGAGCUUUCUGUUAUUUUUGUAACUCUUUACAAAGACUGCCUGUAUGUGGAGCAUGUGGGAAACAGAAGUGUAUGAUGAAGACAGGGGAUUGUGUGAUCAGACACCCAGGACAGUAUACUACAGGAAUGGCCAUGGUGGGUGCUAUAUGUGAUUUCUGCGAAGCGUGGAUCUGUCAUGGAAGGAAAUGUUUAACAACUCAUGCAUGUACCUGUCCAUUAAUGGAUGCAGUGUGUAAGGAAUGUCAGAGAAGUGUAGAAAAUCAAGGUGGCAGAUUUUUCAGAUGUUCAUUCUGUUGGAAUUUCCUGUGUGAAGAUGAUCAGUUUGAACAUCAGGCUAGUUGUCAACAACUUGAGUCUGACUCGUAUAAAUGUGGUUCCUGCAAUAAACUAGGUCAGUGGUCCUGUCUUAGGUGUAAGAUAUGUUUCUGUGAUGAUCAUGUUAAAAGGAAAGGAUUUAAAUAUGCUCGUGGAGCGGCAUAUCCUUGUCCUAAAUGUGGCCAUGAUACACGAGAGACCAAAGAAUUAGCUAUGACAGCUCGUACAUACGACUUUGGUAGAAAAGGUGUUAACGAGGGUGCGGCGAAGGGAUACACGUAUGACGAUGAUUAUCAGGAUGAAUAUUCCUACAACUUUGGACAAGAAGAAUACAAAUUUACGGGAUUUG